GUGUAGUGGUUGCGAGAUUCCCCUUAUAUUUUGAUAUCUGCGCCUUAGGGCGGCGUUAUUCAGCUGAAUAGGAACUGCAUCUCAUACGUGCUGAUGGACGACACGACAGACGUCUGUCAUGUCUGUAGGGCACUACUGACGUUUCUGUCUGAACUGCAGUGUAUAGUCAUCGCUUUCCGAAUGACCUGUGCACACAGGUGACGGACGAUGUGAUUGCUGUGCCCACAUAAUUAGCGAUCGUCUUUUCGACGAGUGCGUUAAAUACAGACAACGUCAUCUUUCCAAAUUGGGCUGUGUCAACUAUAUGGUGGCAGACAACGUCGUCUAUCCGACAUUGGACUGUUUCGCCUACAUAGUGGCGAAGGCGUCGUUUUUUUCGACAAAUGAGUGCUCUGCCUUCAUGGUGGCGGACAAUGCCAUCUUUUCGACAUUGGACUGCGUCGCCUACAUAUUGAUCAAAACAAGACAAAAUAAAAGCCCUCAUGGAUCCGAAAUGGGAAGACGAUUUGGAGGAACAUCGAUAUGAGUUGACCCGGGUUCUUCGACCGGAUCGUUACUUUGAUAAGUUCAGGAGUGAGAGACUCCUAGACGAGAGCGACACACAGAUCAUAAAUAAUGAGACAAAGAAUCCCACCCGAGACAAGAAAGCAGGUCAGUUUCUGGAUAUUGUGCGGUUACGAGGUCCCGAUGCCUACAAACUUCUCCUAGAAUGCCUGGAAGCUGAUCACCCGGAAGUAUAUAAGAGCAUCACCGGCAAUGAACCGGAACCGAAAGCAUGGACAAUCGGACUCAGCAAAACCUGCUCGUGCGAAUGCCAUGAGGAUAAGAUCUCACUAGAUCUGAUGGAUGCCUACAAGAAAGAGAAGCAACAGAAUAUUUCCCGGAAGAAGGAGUUGGAGAAGCUGGCCAAGUCCGUCGACAAGGUCCGCGAGGAGAAACUAAAGCUGAAGCAUGAGAAUGAAACCAUGAAGAAGAAACUCGACGUCCUGCAGUCAGAAACACGGGACAGACACAAAUUAGAGGAGGACAUUCAAUGGAAGCGACUUCAGAUUUGUGAUCUUCAAGCCAAAGCUUACGAAACACAGACGCAGUUGAUGGCAGCCAAUGACAAGCUCAGAAAGGUGAAUCUGGAAAAUAAUGCACUGGAGAACAAAGUUCGGGAGGCCAACACCAAGCUGCGUCUUCAACGCAAGAAGUCCACAAGGUUGGAGCAGGAGAGAUCGACAGACAGACUGAAAGAUGGCGACACAUUGAGGGCGCUUGUCGAACAUCUCCAGGAACUUGGCCUCGGUCGUAAAAAGAUAGAGGAUUCUUACGUACCGCCCAUUGAGAACGACUUACAUGAUCAGACAAAACUAGAAAUAAUAAUGGCCGAUAAACAGGAGGCCGUGACGAAGUGCGAAGAGGCCGUCAAUGAGCUAGUCAAGGUCCGCAAACAACUAUACGAGGUCCAGGAGGCCAAAAAUAAGCUCCAGGCAGAGAAUGAAGAGUUGGACACCAUAACAACCCUCCUGACUGAGGAGCGCGAUAUGGUCAUGGAUCGACUUGAGAUGGCGCAAGAAGAAUUAACUCAAGUCAGCUCAGAGCGGUCACGAGCAAUUACGGAGCGAAAUAGGGCAUUCGAAGAAACAGCUUUGUCCAUGCUGGAACGUGAUGAUCUUGUCAAGAAACUGAACAACGAGAGGCAAUCGUACCUCAAUCAGACACGCAAAAUUUUUGAUCUCAAAAGUUAUGUUCAGCGACUUAAAAGAGAAAAAAGGUUGCUCCUCCAAGAUCGUUCGCCAUCGUUGAUAUCUUCUGGAAGCAUGGACGGAUCAAAUGACUCGAAGAGAAGUUCGGGUGUUACUGAAGUCAGUUCCAUUGAGGAUGGAAACACGGCGACAUCGUCAAGCGAUACCGCCAAACUAACUACCACGACAACCGCGACAGAAGGCUCAUCUCCCGCGCAUCUUGAGAGUAAACGUUCAAUUUCCGUCAACGACAGACAGUACAGUGUGGAUUACGACAGUGAUUUGGCGGAUUACGAAUACCCAGUCGGCCCAAUAAAGCGCAAUCGAUCCCUGCCUGUGUCGGAGAUCCCAGUUGCCUUGCGAGGGCGGAGGUCGAGCAAUGCAACGACAAGCGACAGGCAAGCGGAACUGGCCAGUCGGUUACAGACACAGGAGGAGAAAGACUCGGGCAUUGCGUCCAGUGUCGACAAGUUGAAUGAAAGCACCGAAGGCAUUUUAGACUCACUCCCCUGUGAUGUCGGAGGAGAGAAAGUUGAGACACUGUGGUCAGACUUUGACUACACCCCGACGAAGGAUGGUGUAGAUAGGACGAGUGAUGCAAAAUCAGUAGAGAAGAGGUUAGUGAGGAGUGGUACGUCAGUAGACGUUAAUCCGGGUUCUCUGAAGUGCAAAAAUCGUGCUCCAGGACCUCGUCUAAGCAGUUUUGAAAUCAAACCAUCGAAUUACAUGUCGGAUGUCAAUAUCGAUCGAAGGAGCAAGACAUUGGGCAGUGACCCGGAUGAUACCGAACAGGUACUACUUCCGUCACAUUGAGAAAAUGAGGUUACAUGAUUAAAAUGAACCAACCAUUCAACAUCUACAAUCUCAUUUUAGCCCUAAUGGUGAUGAUACACAUUUACAGUACUACAUUAUACAUAUAUAUGUAUAUAUAUAUAUAUAUAUAUAUAUAUAUAUAUAUAUAUAUAUACAGUAUCUCUCUAGGUCGCAGAAACGUACUCCAGUGCUCCGUAACACAAAGCAUAACGAUUGAUCGUGAGCUUGAUUUUAAGAUUGAUUGUGUCAAUGCAAUCAAUUGUAAAAAAAAAUUGCACCCUUAAAGUGUACAAAUGAGCGAAAAACUGCACUAAUUAACAACCUUUUGGGUGCUGUUAUUGUAUCAACCCUUAGGGUUCAAAUUUGAACCCCUAUUUCUUAGUGUGAUAUGGUAGUAGCAAAAAAUGUAAACAUUAGCUCAAAUUAUGCGAGCUGAUAAGGAUUUCUACAAUUCAGUCUUGCACAUUAUUGCUUACAUUAUUAUAGAAACUUUUUUACACUUUACAAAAUGGUGGGCUUUUGUUUGUGUUUAAUGUACGUCCUAAUAUAAUUAUGCACAUCAUUACUUUUCCCCAUGUCUUCAACCCCUCCUUAAUACACCAAGUAAGAAGUAUCGAAUGAAAUGAAAUUACUUUAUUCAUUGUACUGCAUAGUGUAUGGGUUUUUCUCUACGAAGGAAACCCCAAUUUGGUUGUAAAAAUCCUCUCAUUCCUUUAAUCUAAUUCCUAAUCAAUAUUUAAUUAUUUAAAGGGGAAUUCAACAUUGGCCAUAAAUAUUGUGUGUGAGAGGGGGGGGGGGAAUAAUUAAAACAGAAUUGUGAAAGCUUGAAAAAAAAAUCGAACAAGCAUUCAGGAAGUUUGGGCAGUUUUAAAAUUGAGAAUCCUAAGACUAAUAAAUUCCAAAUUGGCAACUGGGUAAGUGAAUUAUGACUAGUCAUGCUAGCGGUAGGGACAACUUUCUCCAUAGGUCAUGUAGGGGAAGGCGGGGUAAGUUGAACAUAGGGGGAAGUUGAGCCACCACCCUAGGCCAAUAAUGAAUGAGUCAG